AUGGAUUUCUGGCCAGAAAUGCAAGUUCAAGAAUGCCUUCCUCCAGUGCUUAGAAGAAGAUUUGGGAGGCCUAAGAAAGCUAGGAAAAGAGGGAAAGAUGAAUUGAAGCGAUCCAGUACUAUCAAAUGCAGUAGAUGUAAAGGAUAUGGGCACAAUAAAAGAUCAUGUGCCGGAGACCUGUUAGGGCAAGAAAUGCCUGGAGGGGGAUAUUUAAGCCAGAUGGUAGGUUAUGAUGUAGUUAAUCAACAAGGAAAUCAUCAGGGUGUUCAUCAUAGGGAAUUCAAACCAGGCAACAAGGAAGUCAACAUGAUGGUUGUCAAAGGGAACAUCAUAUAA